ACUUUGGCAAACGUCUCGUCGACAGUGUGUGUUGUUGAAUACCACACCACCGGACAUACGGAGGGUGCUCUAGUUAGUAGUUUGCUUUGCUAUAGGUAGUGCGGUUUUUUUUUUCUUUGGAAUUCGAUUCGGAUUCAGUUGGCGGUCGCCGCGCCGAAACCGGAACGCAAAAAAGUAGUGCAGUGCAGCACAGCGGCAGAGAAGCUGGUGUAAACAGUUGACAGACCGGAACGGAUUGUGAUGAAAGUGCAUCCAUCCCCCGGGAACGAAACGGAGUGUUUUUCAGCUUUGGUGGAACAAGCAACGUUCGUUCAGGUUCGGGUGUAUUGAUUUUCCUCGCGCCUGAGUCGCGUUUAAUUGAGGUUACUUUUCGUGUGAAGCAACGUCGAGGUGAAACGCACAGCACAGAAAGAGAUACGAAUUAGAGUAGCCGUUGCUUGCCACAGGAGUAGUAGCAGGAGGAGAAGGAGUAUUCGGUGCAGUAAAGGUCCACGUUCAACCCCCGACAAUGUGUACUGCUGCUGCUGCCCGUACUAGUACAGUACGUUGUACGGUUUGUGCGCACGAAAGUGUGAGAUAGAGCGAACCGUCGUCGCCGCCUCCGCCUCUGCCACCCGGGGGAAAGUAAGGUUGGAUUUCAGCUCAUUUUAGCUUUAGCCCGUUAGCGUGGAUCAUAAUAUCGCGAACCGUUGGUUGGAGCAGAGACACGCGCCACGGUGGUGUACGGGCGAAAGAAAGAGAACGGAAUAACAGUGGUAGAAAAUAGUGUAAGAAUCAGAUGUGACACAAUCUCCUCCGUGGAGCGAAGUUGGAUUGGAACUCGCCGCCUGGGUUCUUCUACGGUCGAUAGGAGCCGGGUCAGAGGGUGGUGGUGGUGGUGUGAAACAGUGAUGGAGGAGCAGCGACUGCUGCGAGCCCAAGUCAAGUGGCUGUCAAGGCAGUUGUGGUAAGAACAAAGAAGGAAAAACAUCGUCUGUUUGAGCUCGAAACCAAGCGCCGCCGAGGAGGUUACACCCAAUUUGCAGCGCUUUAAGUUGAGAAGAUCGGAUCGAAUUUUGUACGAGAUCUAGUAGCCUUUGAAAGGGAGGGGGCUAACAAACGGUGUGUCCUCUCGCGACUGUGUAGGCAAGAUAUUUAAAAAAAUCCCAAUCGUGAUAUCAGUGAGUUGCAAGUGAUCGGCCGAGGAAAAGUACCAAGUGCAUUCGACGAUAGGCAAAGAAGGUGGCGAUCCAAAUAGGUGGUUGAUUUUUUUUUCAACGCUGCUUGUGCACUCGUGCGUGUUUGUAGGUGUACGUGUAUGUGGUUCUGUUGCGAACGGUGUAUAAGUGCAUGUCACGCGCGCAUUACCCAAAGUAUUUUGUAUUAUUUUACCCUGCCUCCUCCUGCUCUGGUCCGCCGCCCGUUCGCUUCGCUGGCUGGCGAUCGAUGGGCCGACCGAGCGAAGAAGUAAAUCAAAAAGGUGGCAGUAGGAAAAAGUAGAAGCAGAGGAAAAAUAUGUGCGCGCUGGUGCUGCUGCUCCUCUCCCCGGCCCAGGGUGGCGCGGUGUUUGUUGGCCCGCCGAGAGUCAGCAGUCGGUCGAGCAGAGUGGUGUUAAGUAUUGGCAACAUAGCAGAAAUUAAUAUUGUUUAAGAAGAAGAAGAAUAAUAACAAGUUGACGGGGACGGCUCUAGGCUGUACGUGGCGAAGGCAAAGAAGAGCGGCAGCAAGAGUGCAGAAGUGCAGCGUUUGAAUAAACGAGAGUGGAAAAAAAAUAAAAACGAAGGGGGUUUGAGAGGAGCAAAGAGAGCAAUAUCAAAUGCACAUAGUUGUUUUUUUUUCGUGUGUUGUUCUUGUUAUUGCUGUUAUUCGCAUUUAUAACAGUUCCCAGUGCAGGCACUACUAAUACAGGGUGACGUGAACGCAGCUCACCUCCACAGACACAGUUCCGUGCACGGAGUGAGCGGAGUGUGUACCACCGAACGGGUUGUGGAUGGUUUGUUCGGUUGAGGCGACCGAAAAGUGGAAAGGCAAUAGAUUUCUACUGCCCGAAGUCAGUGUCUUUGUUCAAAUUUGCAAGAAAAGAGCCGUCUCGGUUACGGCAGUACAGUGCAAAAAGGGAAAUUCGUGCCCUAUUGAGUGGUUGUUGUGUUAAUCUGUGUGUGUGCGCCUGUAUCAGCAAAUCUAUCAACUGUCAUGCAACAACGUCAGAACCGUCACCACCUGUCAGAACCGUCAAUCGACCGGCCGGAGGUAACCAGGUUACCUCCACGGCAGCACGGAGGAAGCACACCAGGACAGGACAGGUACCUCCAGUGAGUAAGCCGCCGUGUGUUGUUGCCCUUCUUCUACUUCUUCCUCAUCCGUCGUUGAUAAGAGGAGGCCCCCGUCGGCUCCGGUGCAGGUGUACUAAGCUGGCAGAAGCACAAAAGUUGGCCCGGAACCAAGACAAGGUCCGUGGAAGGCAGCAGCAGGGGAAGAAAACGGUACACUCGAUGAAGAAUAAGCAGCAACAGCAGCAGGCACCACCAAAGAAGCAGAAGCAGAAACAGCAACAAAAGCAACAGCAACAGCAGCAGCAGCAACAACAACAGCAACAGCAGAAGAAAAACUUGGAUAUCAUGUUGAGCUCUUCCUACUACAUCUAUAUGUCUGCCGGUACUCAGUUGCAGAUGGCACCACAGACAACUAUAGUACAACAGGUCGGCCAAAAUCAUCUCCAUUCGCAUCAUCUACAACCGCAGCAGCCACACUCGGUGCAGCAUCAACCGCCGCCGCCACCGCCUCCGCCGCAUUACAGCAAUCCCCAGCAGCAGCAGGCAACGUUGGCUGUCAGUGGAUUGGGUCUAGUGCCGCAGCACGGUUCGCUCACUAGCUUACAUCAGGCGCAGCAGCAGCAGCAGCAGCAACAACAGUCCCACUACACUAAUAACAACAAGGAUCAGGACUCGAACAUGAGUACCGGUUCGUCGCAUAGUGAUAAGGAGCUAGAGACUAUAAUCAAUACUCCGACGCCGGAGAAGAUUCCCCGGACGCCGUCGGAUCGAAAGCGAAAGCGGAAAGCACCGGACGACAAUGGCGGUCCGGGCGGGGGAGGAGGCGCUGGUCAUAUUCGUGAUAGAGAUAGUGUUAAGGGUCCGCGUUUGUCGAUACCACCAUUAGGCGAUAGUAAGAAAAUCAAUGACUACUUUUCCAAGCAUCCGGUAAGCAGUCCGCAUCGGCCCCACCCGGCCGGAACCGGAGUCGGUGGUCCCCUAGGAGCAAUAAGUAAUUCUGGCCCACAGGCACAGCCCGGCCAGCCUGGCAGUGGCAUCGGUGGAAGCCAAGGGCAAAGCCAGCAGGUUUCCACCAAAAGUCCCAGCCCCCAGCAGCAUGGUCAGUAUCCAAUGUAUCCACCUAGUCCUCAGCCACAGCUCGGUUCUGUGGUAACCUCCAGUGGUAACCUAACCAGCGCCGCAGCGGCACAAGAAUUGUACGUGCGUUCUCAACGCGCCAGCGUCGCAUCUUCCACACUAGUUCCUCCAUCAUCAGUAUCCGCCACGUCGUCGUUACUAAACUCAUCCUCACCUGUUGUUUCCGCCGCUGGUGUCGUCGUUUCGAAUGCCCAGCAACAACAAUCGCAUCGAGAUCGAGAUUCUCAGCCUCCGCCACCUCCCCUGCCACCUACCGUUGUUAUACAGCAACAACAACAGCAGCAACAACAACAGCAACAACAGGUACAGACACAGUCGCAAGUGUCACAGGUGCAAGUGGUUACACCUUCGCCGACCAGCUUGGGGACCCCAAAUUCUUCACUAGCCAUUACUAGUCUAGCGUCGUUAAAUCAUGCCAACAACGGUACCAACACUAGCAACAACAACAACAGCAGCAGCAGUAGUAAUCACAGCAGCAUACCCACUGUCCAAUCGUUAGCUCAAUCAAAUGCCCAACUGCAGCAACAACAGCAGCAGCUACAACAGCAAUCCCAACCUCUGACACCACCGGCUCCCCUCAUGGUGUCCAAACUGGUUCAAACGGAUCUUACCCUGUCCGAUAUUAGUGACCGCGAGACGGACUUCGAAACGUCGCGGACCCGGGUCGACGAACUGUCGCGGCUAUCGGACGAGCAGAAGUGUCAAAUCACCGCCCACCAGAAGGUGAUCGAGCAGCACAAGAGCCACAUCAACAAGUGCAUCGAUGUGGUGAAGAAGCUGCUGAAGCAGAAGAGCAACAUCGAAAAGAAGGAAGCCCGGCAGAAGUGCAUGCAGAACCGGCUCCGGUUGGGACAGUUCGUAACGCAGCGGGUCGGGGCGACCUUCCAGGAGAACUGGACCGACGGAUACGCAUUUCAGGAGCUGGCAAAACGCCAGGAGGAGAUCACUGCCGAGCGGGAGGAGAUCGACCGCCAGAAGAAGCUGCUGAUGAAGAAACGGCCCACGAACAGCGAAAGCGGCCGGAAGCGCAACAACUCGAGCACAUCGGCGGCGGCGGCGGCAGCAGCAGCGGCAGCGGCGGCGGCCGCAGCCGGUUCAACGACGAGCACGGUUGCCGCCGCGAGCCAGCUGGCCUCCUCGCUGCACAAUGGCAACGAAAAUACGUUCCUAAAGCCGGACCCGGUCGUCGGUAGCGGUACCACGUUCACCAUCCAGGAGUACUACGAGUGCGACGAGAUCCUGAAGCUGCGCCAGAACGCGCUGAAGAAAGAGGAUGCCGAUCUGCAGCUGGAGAUGGAGAAGCUCGAGCGGGAACGGAACCUGCACAUCCGCGAGCUGAAGCGGAUACAUAACGAGGAUCAGGUUAGGUCCCGAUUCAACAAUCAUCCCGUGCUAAACGAUCGGUAUCUGCUGUUGAUGCUGCUGGGUAAGGGUGGGUUUUCCGAGGUGCACAAGGCGUUCGAUCUGAAGGAGCAGCGGUACGUUGCCUGCAAGGUGCACCAACUGAACAAAGACUGGAAGGAAGAUAAGAAAGCUAAUUAUAUUAAGCACGCGCUACGGGAAUACAACAUUCACAAGGCGCUCGAUCAUCCACGGGUGGUCAAACUGUACGAUGUGUUUGAGAUCGAUGCCAACUCAUUCUGCACCGUGCUGGAGUACUGUGAUGGGCAUGAUUUGGAUUUUUAUCUGAAGCAGCACAAGACGAUACCGGAGAAGGAGGCACGAUCGAUCAUCAUGCAGGUUGUGUCCGCUCUGAAAUACCUAAACGAGAUUAAACCCCCGAUCAUCCACUACGACCUGAAGCCGGGCAACAUCCUGCUGACGGAGGGAAACGUAUGCGGUGAGAUCAAGAUCACCGAUUUCGGUCUGUCGAAGGUGAUGGACGAAGAGAACUAUAACCCGGACCACGGUAUGGAUCUAACGUCACAAGGUGCUGGAACUUAUUGGUAUCUACCGCCAGAGUGUUUCGUCGUCGGCAAGAACCCGCCGAAAAUCUCCUCCAAGGUGGACGUGUGGAGCGUUGGGGUGAUCUUUUACCAGUGUCUGUACGGCAAGAAACCGUUCGGUCACAACCAAUCGCAGGCCACGAUUCUCGAAGAGAACACCAUCCUGAAGGCGACCGAGGUGCAGUUCGCCAACAAACCGACCGUCUCGAACGAAGCCAAGAGCUUCAUCCGAGGUUGUUUGGCCUACCGGAAGGAAGACCGGAUGGACGUGUUCGCGCUGGCAAAGCACGAGUAUCUGCAGCCGCCGGUUUCGAAGCACAACCGAGGUGCCGCGGCUGCGGCCUCCAGUCAAAAUCAGCACGGUAGCGGCAACAGCGGAGUCGGUGCCGGUGGUCUGGGUGGUGCCGGGGGUGGUGCUGGUGGUGGUGGUGGCGGUUCUGGUGGAUCCGGCGGUGGCGGUGGCAAUCAAACCGGACAACAGACGUCCUUCUCGACGGGGAUGUUUGGCACGAUGAACCAAUCCAGCUCGUCUUAGCUGUUUUUCAAUGGCUGUCUGAAAGCUACUGCUGCCGUCGUCGUCGCCAAUGGAAACACGGUGGUUAAUGUUGCGAUCAAAGCUGCCGCGAUCGGACAUCAGGCCAACAGCGACCACAAUAACCAUAGCAACAUCAACAACAACUACAACAAAAACAACAUCAACAACAACAACAAUAAUAAUGUUUCGCCACCAACGUCAUCCAACUCACCCAAGUAGGCGCAUGGCGCCGUCUAGACUUAAUCCCCGAUGUUCGUACUGUAAGUAAAACAAGCAAAUGUGAUGUGCUAAGCAAAAUCGAAACAAAACCCAAAUAGAUGGAAAUGCCUCCCAGCCCCGGUCCCAGUUAGUUCCCAAAAAAAAAAAAAAAAUACACUCACAGGAGACCCAGCGACACCGAUGGAAACAGUCGAAUUGCUUGCUACAACAACUACCCUCUUCCUGCGAAAUCGCAGGCAGAAGAAGAUAAUUCAAUGUUUGCUGUAAAAAAAAAACAAAAACGUUCAUUAAUGAUGUUCCACAAAACAGAUAGCAUACGAAACCAGAAAAUAGUCAAAGAAAAACGAUCAACAAAUCGCUGCCCCACCAAACCGAGUGUGCGGAGCAGCAGAACACAAAUCGAAUCAACACUAGGUAAAAUGUUAUAAUUUCGGUUGUAUUGUUUCGUGUUUAUCGUGUACAUACCAUUAAACGGAAAAGGGGAAACUUAACCAACCAGCAACCAAAAACAACAACAACAACGCUCAUCAGUCGUAUUUGAGAGGCGCGCACUAUUCAAGGCAGGGGAGGAUAUAUAGGAAGAAAAGUCGACUAACGAAUACACCCACACAUUGACACAGUGGUAAGAUUAUAGGGGGUAGAAGAUACAAAGGAGGAUGCAUGUUCGCGCACACGUGCACGUGCUCUUCGGGUACGCGGAAUAGUUUUUGGUUCCAGAACAUUAUUAUUAUUAUUAUUUACACUGGACUUAGUUUUGUGCUACGAUUAUUAGGGUUAGAAUCAAAAUUUUUGAAUUUUGAAACACAAAUGUACCAUUUUGAACAGUACGAAGGAUUCGGUUGUUUUUAUUUUUGUUGUUUUUUUUUUUAAACUGAGACGUGUGACGGGCAGAUGGUCUAGAUGGUAACGGUUGAGGUUGCAAAGCGAUAAGAUUCGGAGUCGGGAGAGUAUUUUUGUCCUUAUAGGGGGAAACUUUGCCACUGCGACCAGGUAACCUUUUGUGGCUGUCUGAAAAGUUUUGGACUAGAAAUUUUUGAAAAUGUAGCUUGUAAAUCUAAAAGAUUCUUCGAGAGAUAGUAACUGUCAAUAUAGCAUCGUCGUGAGUAAUCAAAACUAGAUAAAAUAACGCUUUGAAUUUACGAUCCCUGGUAAGGUAGUUGGGAUUUUCUGAGUUGAGUUCUGGCCACGGUAAGUGAAGGUGUUGGUUCUGAUACAUGCAUUGAUCGUUUGAAGUCUAGAUCUACUAGACUAUGACUUUCGAUCUGGUAGGCAAAUAAUUUUCAAACAUUUUAUUUUUCAAGCAAAUUUUGGCAUUCGUUCUCCUUGCUACUUAGAAAAUUAAGAGUUCAAGAAAUCCAGACAUAUGGAAAUAUUAAAUACUUCACUUCGAGAAUACAAAUAUUAAGCUUCUCUAUUCUAGAUUCUAGGUGAAAGAAUUGAACAAUCCAAGAAGACCAAAUACGAAAAAUGGAAAUUCAACGAGCCAGCAAUCGAGAGUUCGAUAAUCCAAGAAACCAUGAAACGAUCCAAAAUCCAAGAAUUUAUUAAAUAGUAGUCAGCUAAUGGUGAACUGAAUGCAUAGAAAAAUCAAGAAUUCUAUUCUUUUAAUAGAAUUGUUGUAACUCGUCGGGGUAACAAUUUAUCACUGAAUGUUAAAUUUCAAAAAAAAACUCGCGGCGUAGUUUAGCGCUGGUCACUAUGCUCGUUCGUGCUUUUAAGGUCACUACUUUUGCUGUAAAAUGUGUGCUGAUAUAUGGCAUGAUGCUGGUUUGUUUUGAUCAUGGCGAAGAAAUCGGAUGGCAAAAUCAAACAAGAAGAAAUGGUUCAUGAAAAAUAAAGGAUUAUCCCCCUUUUCGGAAUAGUUUUGCAGUCUCAGAACAAAUUCAACGGGGUGUGGUGAUAGAUUUCCGUCGAAAAGUGCCGGCCACUGGUUCGGGUAUUGAAGUUUGAGCUGCAUGGAUCCGGAGACACCAUCCGUUCUCGCUGUAGAGUCGAACGAGUCAAGCUCUACCGUGCUACUCUCCAAGGGUAACGAAGCAAAGCGCACAAAUAGAAAGUUCAUUGUGGUGACUUCCGGGAUCGUUUACUGCGGGUAGAUAAUUCGACGUUAUUACGCCACCUUUGUUAGGUAGGUUCCAACAAAUGAGCGAUGCUCACCGACGUAGUUAAAUGGUAAGAACCGCUGCCAGUAUGCUCUUUCAUCCUUUGGAGGCAAAUGUGUCCUGAUUUUUAAACUGCGCACCUCUACAAUGAAUAGAUGGCAUUAUGCUGGCAUAUUUUGAUCGUGGCGAAGAAAGCAGAUAGUAAAACCGAAUAAAGCAACGAUUCGCGGAAAAGAAGUGACGUUUAUCCUUGUUUUCGGGACGGAUUUUCCAACGGUGUGUGACGAUAGAUUGCCGUCGAAAUAUUUCAGUUCGUGUACUAAAGUUUGAAUUACAGUAGUGGAACGCUAAACAAAAUGGACGGUGUUUCCCACUAAUACGGAUCCGGAGGCAGCAGCCUUUUUCGCUGUAGAAUGUACAUCGUACGAGUCAAGCUCACUUCAGCCAAUUUCCAAAGGGAACGAACAAUUGUGUUAUUUGGGAACAUGGAUGAUCGUUUGCUCAAAGUCUUAGCGUACGAGUAGUCAAACGAAGAAUCUGAAGCCAAUUAUCCUGGCCUGCGAUUGCUGGUCGUCAAUUGCAACGAGUAUACGAAUAACUACGGACAGGCGUUAACGGCAACGCAGAUUACGAAUAUUUUGUAACGAAAAUUAAUAUUUUGAUACGCAAAGACGCCUUCGAAAGAUACCGUAUUCUGGUCAUUGAAACCAAACGAUGCUGAGUUACUCGAGCAAACCGUGUCAAGCCGCAGUCACCAAUUUCGGUCUAAUCAAGACCGAAAGCUGUUGCUGUUUUAGACGAAGUCGUGAUGCUAAUGCCAGUUUAACUAUGUCGUAAAAUCGUGGAAAUGUUUUAGUACAACCCCAAACGCUGGAUUUGAACCAAUCGCAAUCCUCGAAAGAAACAAAAUUUGAAACGCAGUGUGGCAAAUUUGCAGGUAACCCUUGCAAUUAUAUCCUCCACUACGCCAAGAAAUGCAGGACCCAGCCAUAGAAAUAGCAGGAUUUCGACAAGGUCGCACGUUCCUUAAUCCUCAGCACAAUGUUCAGUAUCAGACUGCAUCGGUUAUCCAAUACUUCAGCGUCUGCCAUUGUCUACGAAAACUACCAUGUUAUAACUAUUCAACAAAAUUUAGCGUAGGGCGAUUUGCCUUCUUAUUGGCGAACUGGAAUCAUUUUCCCUAUUCCAAAGCCUACUUCGAAUGACACGGGCCCAGCUGGCUUCCGUCCCAUCACUCUAACAAGCUGCAUGGCGAAGGUUUUCCAGCGAAUAGUCAACAGACAGGUUGACUACCGAGCUAGAGGUGAAGGGACCUCUCGACAAACGACAACAUGCCUUUAGGUCCGGUCGGGAACCUGACCGUGAUGAACACUGUUUGGUACCUUCGUUUAAUUUGUCCAAGGCAUAGACAUCGCAUCCUACGAACACUACAGGAAUGGCAGAUACGCGGAAGAAUGAUUAACAUCCUUUAACAGUUUUCUGGCAGAUAAAACGCUCCAGGUUAAUGUGGAGGUCCAUUUAUAGCCAGUACAUCCGUUGGAAAGUUAACCGUCGGUUUAACACUCGGACCGAUCGCUGAACUUUAAAGUGCACUGCAAAAUGACAAAGCAAUCCCGGCUGCGAAUCCUGAAGAUGAUCGGUGCCAGGUUACCCCAUGGUCAACGCGCUUCAAAUGCUACAAAUCGGGUCCGCAAUUGUAACUUCGCGAAUCUUCUACGGCAUGGGGCUUGUAAGCAAGGAUGAAGAUGCCCUCACCAAAAUGCUCGCUCCUGCAUACAGUAGGAUGAUAAGAUUCGCAUCCGGAGCAUGCGUCGCGAGCCCGAUCCUAGUCAUUAUGGCUGAAGCAGUUACAUUACCGUUUGAUCUACUCGUUCUCUAAACAAUUGUACGAUUGGCUAUCCACAUGGAUGAAAACAGCAAGGAUUACGCUGAUCUUCCCUUGGUGCAUCGACCUUCCGGUCGUUCAGGAGCUCCUAGCAGAACGUUUCAGCCGCUCAAUUGUCGUCUAUACCGACGGUUCCAAAGACGAUAACGCAGUAGGCGCGGGAGUAUUCGGAGAACACUAUCAACAAUCGAUUGGCCUUCCGCCGCAAUGCAGUGUCUUCUCUGCCGAGGCUUUCGCAGUGAGAACCACACGUCAAGAGACCUGCUAAUAUGGUUCGAUUCGACCAGCUGUUGUCUAUCAGCAAUCGAAGCUGGCACAUCACAGAACCCGUGGAUCCAGGAGAUUGAGAACAUGCUUCGAAACCGUCCAAUCAAGCUGUGCUGGAUUGCGAGUCACGCUGGCAUCGACUCGCUGGAGAAGGAAUAUAUCUGUUCCGAAAGCAGACGCCGUUAACCAAAUCAAACCAAUCCAUUUGCCUUGGCAGUAGUAUGAAUACGUAGUGCUCCAGGCAAUGUUGUAAGCUCAAUGAAAGUUUGAGAAUCAAUCUGGCUGCCUAGUACCGUGCUGUUGGUUUCAGAAACACGGCAUCUAGUUACUCACGUAUUACAAAAGGCCUUCGUAGCUGAUUCAGGAAGCGGAACCGCCUCGGACCAUCGACUGCAGCGGACCUUCCAUUGUUAAUAGAAACCGGUUUCCUUCAGACAUUGGAAAAUUCCGAAACAAGGUUGAUGUGUUGUGCCGACAGUUAGCAAUUGGUGGAACAUUUAACGAAAACGUGUCACACCUCCAAUCAUUGCUGACAUACGCACGUUUCUGAAAUUAGGACGAGAAAAUCCGUGUGAAUACUUUGAAGAACCUGUGAAGCAACUUCGAAACGAGAGGGCGAAUGCGAUGAUUGUCUGAAUCGUCACAGUAAAGUAGUUUUCCUCCGUAAGUAGAUUUUGACUCAAGCUUCAAUAAAUGUAUCUUUUCUUUCAGAAGCCAAAACAAGUCAGUACCAUUCUUUUUGGAUCUUUUUGUCAUUUGAUCGAAAUUAACUGGCGAUGGGGCUCCAACUGUGUUUACUCUGGAUAACACAUCGGCUGCAAAAUUAUGUUUUUUUUUGCGGCAGAUGUUUCGAAGCGUAUGUGUCCAUUAACACAACAACACGGUGUCCAUCACAAAUCUUCUGCCUUCGACGAGAUGCGUGAAAAAUAUCGCGGCGAUCAAACAGCGAAGAUUUCCGUUGCGCCGGUAAAAGCCGGUCACGAAUAAAAUUUCAACGGCCUCUAAACUUUGUUUACAUACUGUUGCAAUGCCGCUCUCGUUGCAAAAUUUAAUGCGUCAACCAUCAUUCCCACAAGUUUGGAUGCAUCUGGAUACGAAUAUGUAAAAUUUCGCGGUGUGGGAAUAUGUGAGCGUAGACUGGAGAAUGAUAAUGAUCUUCACAAAGCGUUGAAAACUUACUUCACGCUGGAUAGCAUGGGGUCAUCAAACCAAACAAGUUCUCUCAGGACGAUCAACGAGAUAAGUCAUUGUAAGAAUCCCUAAUCCGUCGUCCACUGCUGAACCACUUCGAAUCCGGCCUGGUCUGAAGACACGAUCACGUUCGACUUCCGGACAGUGAAGCGAUGGAAAUGUCUCGAAAACCGUUUGAGCAAGGAUCCAGUAAGAAGAUCCAAGAACAUGUCAAGAAGGGUUACGUGAGACAGCUGACUUCGGAAGAACUUCCUGAAAAGCGUGUGCGUAUUUGGUACCUUCAUAUAUUCGUUGUGGUAAACCCAAAUAAGCCGGGCAAGUUUCGCCUAGUACGGGACGCAGUUUCCAACGUGUUUCUGGUGUUGCUUUAAAUUCAGUCCUCCUGAAGUGUUCAGAUCAGUUAACAUCGUUGUUGUCGGCGCUGAUCUGUUUCCGUGAGUUCCGAGUAGCAGCAUGCGGGGACAUCAGGAAGAUGUUUCACCAAGUGCGGAUAGGAGACGAAGACCAACAUUGACAGCGCUUCUUCUAAAACGGUACCAACGAGUCGAAACACAGUAUUUACAUCGUUAAGGUGAUGACCUUGGACACAUGCUGUUCACCGACACGUGAAGAACCUGAACGUGACGAUUCGCUUGAAGGGAAGAACUUAAACAUCGAUAACGAAGCUACUACAGAAAAAAUGCUCGGAAUGUUGUGGAAUACGACGAUUCACUUUCAAAAUAUUAACCCAUUACGAUGAUUAUCUGCUCUCCGGCAGUCCGCAGAAGUUCUCCGCACAUUGAUGAUGGUGUACGAUGCAUUGGGUUUGUUUACGCACCUGUUGGUGGUUUUGAAGAUUCUUCUGCAAGAACUAUGGAGAACAUCAGUAGGUUGGAAUGCUCCUACAAAAGACACGCAGUUCGAGAAAUAUUUGUAUAUUUAAAAUUUGUGUUCAUCUGACACUAAGUCUUAAUGAACUAAACUAAAAAUAAUUAACCUAAUGUAACAGCAAACGGUGACGAAAUUGUGAUGAAUUAUAAUUGAGGUCAAAGUGCUCGGCAAGCUCGUUGAAGCGACGAACCAUCGCUAAAAUCGGACUAUUAGCAGCGUAGUUGGUGUUUCGCAUUUCGAUGUGUAGUAAUGUCCGAGGGCGAAGAACACGGGUUGGGGCGUAGAGGUUGAUUUGUCCAAGGAGAUCGGGAACAUCAUACUCAGCCAACAGAAGCUUUGAUAUGAAAAAUGGCCUGCGAAGUAUGUCUACGUUCUUGCAAAGUAUGUAGUCUCAAUAGUCUGCAACGGUUCUCAUAUGGUGGCAGGUUCAACGGAUCAUUCCAAGGCAAUUGACGUAAAGCAUAUCGUAUAAAUUUGCGCUGGACAGCUUCAAUCCUUUCACUCCACGUUACAUGAUAAGGGCACCAGACGAUGUUUGCAAAUUCCACCUGCGAGCGCACCAGUGAGCAAUAUAAAGCCUUGAAACACAGAGGAUCCCGGAAUUCGCUAGAAAUUUUGAACAUAGAACAUAGAAGUCGAUUUGCUUUGUCGAUGGUCGCUGACAGGUGAUUGGUAUAAGUUAGCCUUUCAUCGAGAAUAACACCUAGAUCUUUUACGUGGUCAACGCGUUGCAGCUGAGUUCCGGCGAUGUUGUAGUUAAAAUUAAGCAUGUCUCUUGUACGAUGAAAACUGAUGACAAAACAUUUUGUAACACAAAGGAUCAACAUGUUUCUUUGACACCAAUUGUAAAAUGUAUCAAUGAGACACUGUAACUCACGGCAAUCGGCUUCAUUCCUUAUCACAAGAAAUAUCUUCAAGUCAUCGACGAAAAACAGUUUCCCUCCACGCAUUAGAACAAAGACCGCAUCAUUCACGAACAAUGAAAAUAGUAAUGGACCUAGUGUACUACCUUGGGGAACUCCGGAAUUAUUGCAAAAAGAUUCAGACACGUUGUCACCAAUUUGCACGACGCACUCGCGGUGAACAAGGUAGGAUCGAAGCCAGUGGCAGAAUCUCGAGGUACAUCCUAGUUUAUCAAGCUUUGCAAGCAGUAUCUCAUGGUUAACUGUGUCGAAAGCGGCCUUAAGAUCUGUGUAGACCGUGUCAACCUGGAGUUUCCUGGAUAUGUUUUCAAUGCAAAACGAUGUGAAGCUAACUAAAUUCGUCUCAACCGAUCGACCAGGGAAGAAUUCGUGCUGACAAGGGCUUAUGUAAUGUUUACUAGCAAAAAACAGCACCUCGUUGAUAAGCGCUUCGAAGAUUUUCGACUCAACUCUCAGUGAAGUGAUUCCCCGGUAAUUCACGAUGUUGCUUUUGUCAUUUUUCUUGUGAACCGGAAACAUAACUGAAAACUUCCAAUCAUCGGGAAACUUUUGCUGCUGAAGCGACACAUUGAAAAGGUGCGUCAGAUAUCGGAACAUUUUUUCAGAACAGCAGACGGCAUAGCACUUUGUCCUGGAGCAUAUGAUGAUUUUGUUUUCCGUAUUGCAGAGAGAACCGAUUGUACUGAAAUAGUGAAUACAUCCAUAUCCACUGCACCAGUGGGAACAUCACGGGUCGCUUUUCCGAGCUCGAUGGCAGAUGGCACAUCAGUCGUGAAGACACUUGAAAAGUAGCUGGCAAAUAGUGAGCAUUUUUCCGCCGUUGUAGUCGCUACUUCGCCAUUGUAGACCAUCCUAGACGGAAGACCCGUUUCCUUUCUCUUCGUUUUAACAAAAGCCCAGAAUCCCUUCGGAUUUCGUCGUAAGUUUUGUUGGAUGCGGUUCACAUAUCCUUUGUACAGCAAUUUAUUGUAACAACGCUACUCAUUACUGGCGAGUGCGAAAAAGCAAUGGUUGACAUGGCUGGUCGUUUUUCGGAAGGUACGAUCUGUGUAAGUAACGAGAUGUUACCGAACGUCAACGACCGUUAAGGCGGAGCUGGAAAUGCACACAUUUGUUACAUUCCUUCGAUUUCGCGAGAGGCUCACGAUUGAGAGCUAGUUGGUAGGAGAGAAAAUGAGAGUAUAGCGCCAUUGAAAUUCCCGUCCAUCCCGAAGUCCGGGCUGCAAGUGACCUUACUCGGUGUUUGAUAGGCGGAUACGAUAAUGACAUCGCGGUACGUCUGAAACAAACUCCAAGGACGUGUUAUGCUGGCUGAGAUCCAACAACCGGCGAUGUAGCCCAUUCUUUGCGUUUCUGAAGUGAACUUAUGGAUCUUGUAGGAAGGCCGCAAGAAUACUCUCAAUGUACGUCGACAACUUGCAGCACUACGAGACAAGAACAUCGUGUCUUGUAACCGCUGAUGCAACAAGAGCUAGCUAAAGCGGAGGACUAUUGGUUCCGCCAAGCUCAGACGGAAGUUUGUAUCGAUGAGAUCACCGUGCUAGCCGUAAAUCACUCUGCGAUGGAUGAGUGGACGAAGAUGAUUAAAAACAAUCCACUGUUUCAUUGCGCCUUCCUAAACAAAAAUGGAGUUGCUCGUGUUCGUGGUCGAACAAAAGUCUGUUCGAUCGCCGAACGCGAUUUUGUUGAACCCGUCGUUGUCCCUCGUAACCUUCACAUCAAACAGUCGAUCAUUGCCGACAUUCACGAACGUUUCAACCGCAGAAAAAAUCAUUCCACAAUCAUCAACGAAGUUCUACAACGCUACCGUAUUCCUCGUUUGAAAGUCACCUACCAUGCGAUUCGGAGAGAGUGCCAGAAAUGCAAAAACGAUCGAGCUAAACCGCAACCUGCAACGAUGGCUGAUCUUCCACAUUCUCGUCUGACCGCUUUCAGCCGCCCAUUCACCUUUCAGACGACAUUUGGAGAAAAGGUGACUACCGACUCUUACGUAAUGGCAAUUCAAACCUUCGUGGAUGUGAGGGGAGUACUGGCUGUCUUCUAUAUCGAUUGCGGAACUAGCUUCCAAGCAACAUGCAAGGUGAUCAAGCAGCUCGAUUUCGGAAAAACUGGCUAGCGAAUUUACCUCAAGUCGCACCCAGUUGUGGACCUUCAAUUUGUCGUACUCGUUCCACUUAGGAACGUCUGAUCCGCUGUGUGAAGCUGAAUUUAAGCACGCUACAACGGAGAAGAAGUGCAUCAGAACGCGUCGAUCAAGGUAGAAAACAUUGUCAACUCGUAACCACUGACCGACAUGCCCCUGAAUAACGACGAAUCACCUGUGCUAACACCUAACCAUUUUCUGUUAGGACCAGUAAACGGUUUGCGGUCGUGGGUUCACUUCGAUGACAGUCAUACAUAGAAGGAAGCUAGGCAGGCGAGUUUGGAUCAUUCGAAGAAUCUCCGUAGAGACCUGUCCGACCUGGUCCGUUCUACCUUCCCAUUGACUGUGGAGAGGAGCAAGGCUUGUCCAGCUGAUCAUCCACAGCGAGUGUGGUUUGGUGUCGCUUGUCUCCUAUAUGAAUAACCGGGGAAGUGAGUAGCAGUUUGGCGGUUAACUUCUCUCUUCUGGGCACCCAACACCAAUACGCUAGUUCCCAAAUCACGCUGCGGUACUUCAGCGGAAAUAUUCUUCCCACUAGGUGAAAAAAUUCGCCAAAGGCUUCUUUAUGGAAUUUUGCUAACAAGACUAGUCAAGGAUUUAGCCACAUGCUUACCCAUUUUGGCGUUCGAAACAGGAAAAUGAUCCAAAAUCUCUGUCGAGCGAUAAAACGAUCGUUUCGCUUGGUCCAAACCUAAUUAUAAAUCAUUAACAUCCAAGCUCCCAUUCUCGCAACCACGUCACCAUGCUUAAGUUUGUUGUUGCUCACAACAACACAUUCUUUGCAAUAGUCGCUUUCCGUUUCUUCUCGAAUUAGUUGAUAUAAAUACUUGAAGUAUCUACGGAGUUGUAGGGAAUUAUUCCUCAAAGAACUUUUCCGAAGACACUAAGUCUUCAUUGUUUUUUUCGAAUGGUCCAAUCCAAACCGAAUAAGCCAUACAAAUUCCAAAAGUCAUCAAAUGUAAAUCAAAUUUCAAAUUCAAAUUUUUAGUUACUAAAAGUUGUCCUAUAAAUUAUCUGGAACUCAAUCCUCUAUGCGCGUGAUCUGCUUCCAUCGCAACCGCUACCAUCAAGCUCGAUUCGAUCAAAAUCGGAUCCACAACCUCACAUCGAUAUAUCGUAAUCCACCUCAACAGAGUAUGACGGACGUAGUAAGGUAGCAGCAGAAGCAGCAAGCGGCUGUCAACCAAAACACUAAACGCAAGAAAAUAGGAGAAUGAAAGAAACAAAAGAGAUGAGAGAUGUAAAUUAGUUGUGGACGAAAAGAGAAGCAAUUGUUGUUUGUUAAUUCCAUUGAAAUGAGACGGAAAAUUACUCGGAAGUAAAGAGAAGCAGAGAGAGAGAGAGGGAAGAAUGCGACGGCUCGAGAAAGCAUCCACUGUUGUAAUGUGGAUGUGCCAAACCUUUUUUUCGUUAUACUUUUUUUUUGUAAAUAUAUUGUUUAGUGUUUGUUUUAUUAUUAAUAAAUUACGAACUACUGAUUAACAAAGAAUAGGAAACACCCACUCACACACACACACACGAACAGACUUUCAGACACACAAUACUGGAUGAGGACGCGCAGAUACUUCCCUUUCGCGCCAACGUGAUCCCCACCUGCGGUUCCAUCGUUUAGGGAUGGACCCGCAGGUGUAAAACAGAAUAGAAACGAGAACGAAUCGGGCCGACUUUCGGUCCGAUUCGGCUUGAUUGUAUCGCCCCGAAAGAAAAAAAAAACAGGGAAAACCGGAUUUUCCCUGUUUCUAUCAGGAGGCGGUACACGCUAAUGGCUCUAGAGAUAUUUUAUUGGAAUUCUUUUUAAUCAACUUGAUAGGGAAACCAAAUACAAUUGUGUGCGCGUGCGAACGAACCGUUUUAAUUUUAAUGGUGCGUGUGUGAGGGACAGCGAGCGUGCGAAACAGACAUCCUUAAGGAUUAGAUAAAAAAAAAGUAAUAACUCGCAGGAAGAGAAAGAUGUAACGGGAAGAAAGAGAAAGAAUGAGUUAUAUGAGCUGUUUUUUUUCUCUAAACAUAGUAAACUAUCAAUAGAAAACGUGAACAUAGGUUGAAUAAAAUGCGAUGUAAUCUCUUCUUAACUUCAUAAGGAAAUGAUAAAAAAAGAAACAAAAAACGGUGAUCGAUCAGCUUGGAGAACGACGUUAUUUUCCGAACUCACUCACUCACACACAUAGUAGGGUAAAAGAAACAAAAAAUCGGAAAAAUCGAAACGCGUGGCGGUAGCUUCAAGAUCCAAAAACAAACAAAAAAAAUCGCUUUGGUUCCAAGUAAAUAAUCUUCUGCCGGGACGUAAUAUGGCCUGCUGGAAGCGGGUCGUCGUCGGUUGCGCUCAAAACGAAAACAAAAAAUGUAAAACAAAUUGCAAAAAAAUAAAAAUAGACGCAAUUCCAAGUCGAAACAAAGCAAAGCAACACGGAAAGAAUUAUUCAAAGCAAAACGCAGCAGCAGACACACACACAGACACAUUAAAACAAACAAGCUUAUUAUUAGAAGUUGAAAUAUCAAGUUUAGUGGUUACAUUCAAAUAAUCAAUAAUGGAAGAUGGAAGAUACAGAACGCAGAGCAUGCUAGCCAGAGGUCACAUGCGGAAGAAACUAAAAAAAAAUAUAAUAGUAAUAAUAGGCGUUAGGCGCGAAAGGGAGAUGUAAUAGAACGCAUGCGGGUGUGUGCGUGUGUGGGUGUUAUGAGCAGUGUGUGAAUGUGUGCGUGCUGAAAACGUGUCUGGCGCAGAAAGUUGAGCAAAGCGAGCCAGCAAAAAAAAAAUAACAAUGUGAAGCCGAAGAGAGAGAUGAUACACUUGAGGAUGCAAAAUCGUGAAUGUCGAUGCAAACAACACAUUUAAUAAAUUUAAAGUAAUAACUAUUAAAAAACUAUGAAUAAUUAAUGAAAAAAAAAACACAUACAGAUAAAUAAUUAUAAUAAAUUAUUUAAGAUAUGAGAAAACUUCUAUAUGUAAUAAUUAUUAAAAAAUUAAAAUAAAAAAAUACACUAUUAUUUGA